UCCAACAUCCAUCAUCCCAAUAACAUCUCAAAUAUUUUCUUUCUCUCAGUUUUCUUUUCAAUCAAAAUGGCACGUACCAAACAAACAGCACGCAAAUCCACCGGCGGAAAAGCCCCACGCAAACAACUCGCCACCAAAGCCGCACGGAAAUCAGCUCCGGCGACCGGAGGAGUGAAGAAGCCACACCGUUUCCGUCCCGGAACCGUGGCGCUUCGUGAAAUCCGCAAGUACCAGAAGAGCACUGAGCUUCUGAUAAGAAAACUUCCAUUCCAACGUCUUGUUCGUGAAAUCGCUCAGGAUUUCAAAACCGAUCUCAGAUUCCAGAGCAGUGCUGUUUCUGCUCUUCAAGAAGCGGCUGAAGCUUAUCUUGUUGGUUUGUUUGAAGAUACAAAUCUUUGCGCUAUUCAUGCUAAGAGAGUUACUAUUAUGCCUAAGGAUAUUCAACUUGCAAGAAGAAUUCGUGGUGAAAGGGCUUAGAAUUCGUUGCUAGGGUUCGGAAUUAUCUUUAAUGUUUUUAUAAUAAUUAGGGUUCUAUUAGCGUUUGGUUCAUCUGUUUCUGUUAUGAAUCUUUAGUAAUGAUUCUUGAGGAAUUAUGAGUUGAUUGCAUUUAGUUUUUUGAACCUAAUUUACUUCUUGAGAGAAUGGGAUAUUGGAUUAUGUUGGUAUUAA